AUGAGCGCGGCCGAGGGCCGGCCCCGGUGCCGCUGGGCCGGCGGCGAGGCGGUGCUCCGUGCCCGUGCCGAGGCCGCCGGUUACCGGAGGCUGCUGCGAGCCCGAGCCGCCGAGGUGGAGGCGUUGCGGGGCGCGGUGGGCGCCUUACACCGGCAGCUGGAGGGGCUGCGGGACCGGCGGAGCGGGGAGCUGGCCAAGUACCAGGAGCGGGUGGCGGAGCUGGAGCGGGAGAUCGGGGCGGCGGAGGCGGAGAUGGCCCGGUGCCUGCGGGAGUACCCGGCGCUGCUGCGGCUGCGGAUGGCGCUGGAGGCGGAGAUCGCCGCGUACCGGGAGAUGCUGGAGAGCGAGGAGCUCCGCCUGGGCGGCUUGGCCCCGCCGUGAGCGGCGCCCCGGAGCCCCGGUCCCGCCACCGGAGCCCGGCCCUGCCCUUCCCACCGGAGCCACGGUCCCGGGACCGGAUCCUCAGCCCCACCACCGGACCCCGGUUCCUCCGUCGGACCGCAGACCCCCGAUUCCUGCACCGCGGUUCCCUGGGACCCUCGGGACCUCUCUGGACUGACGGAGCCCCGGUCCUUGUGUCCCCCCGUUCCACGGGUGCCCCGGACUUGUGCCCGCCUGGCCCGGGAGCCCCGGGAGGGCAGCGCCCGUGGGGUCUCACACUCACCAGCCUCUCCGGGGCGGGGGUCCCGGCCCAGACCCUGUGGAAGCACCUCAAUAAAGCCCCGUGGCAUCACC